CAAGGCUCCUUGGAGGCAUCACCAAUCAAAUCCGAAUUGACAGUUGAGAUUAAACUGACUUUUCAUUCCUGACCAGUGGCCUGACCAGACAGGGCACAGCGUACGAAGGGCAGGAGAGGACACGGUCAAGGUCUGCCCUGUGCUCUUCUCGGAGCUACCAGCCCCCAGCAGAGCCCACACCCUUCAUGGAAAGCCCCGCACAGUUCCCGUGGUGAUGGCAGCUGACAGCGAUGUGAAGAUGCUGCUGAAUUUUGUGAACCUGGCGUCCAGUGACAUCAAGGCGGCCCUGGACAAGUCUGCGCCCUGCCGCCGCUCUGUGGACCAUCGCAAGUACCUGCAGAAGCAACUCAAGCGCUUCUCUCAGAAGUAUUCGAGGCUCCCUAGAGGCCUGCCUGGCAGGGUGACAGAGUCUCACCUGCAAAGGGGUCCUGAGGAGAGGCCUGGGCAGCUGCCUCUCCAUCCCUGUCCCGAAUCCAGCCCUGGCGGGGGUGGGGGCUGCAAGGAAAAGGUCCUGGGGACCCCCUUCAGGGAGGAGUGCCUUUCUAAGGAGCAGAGCUUCGGGGGGCUGAAUCCAGAGGCUGCUAGACCUGGCCAGCUGCCCAUGAGGAAGAGACAGCUGCCUGCUUCAUUUUGGGAGGAACCAAGGCCCACCCUCAGCUACCCAAUGGGGCUGGAGGUGGGCCUAGCCCCCAGGGAGACAUCUCUGUAUGAGAAUAAGAAAAAUUGCAAGGGUCUGGAGUCCCUGGGGCCUGAGACUGCUCCACUGCCCAUGUCUCCAAGGGUGCUAGCUGACAUGGAGCCGCUCAAGAUGUCUGGGGUAUCCUUGGUGGGCAGCCUUGAUGCCUGGAGCUACUGCCCAUUCCAGUACCAUGGACAGCCCAUCUUCCCCAGCCUUCCAGGGGUCCUGCCUCAGGGCCCAGUACCCAGUCUGGGCUUAUGGAGGAAAAGUCCAGCCUCACCUGUGGAGCUGGCCCACUUCUGCAAGGAUGUGGACAGUCCAGGGCCCAAAGUGUACAGACCUGUGGUUCUGAAGCCUAUUCCCACUAAGCCAGCCAUGCCGCCACCCAUCUUCAAUGUCUUCGGCUACCUCUAGCUGGACAGCCUCAGCCCCCCCUUUUGGCCUGCAGGAUGGGGUCUCUGAUAAGCUCUCCAUGUGAGAAGGGAGCUGGGCAGGGAUCUAGCCAGGCUGCCUCAGGGAGGGGGCUCCUCAGGCAGGCAUCUAUUUGACUCUUGCAGCCUAUGGGGCCAGGCACGGGAGCCCUUCCCCAGGGGACUCCUCUCCCUGUCCCUGUGGAGACCAUAGGCAGUGGGACCCUGGUCUGACAGCCACCCAUUACACAUCUGUUCAGCUGCCAUCUGCUGGGGAUGGGAGGGGCAUUUCACUUGUUCUUUUUGUUCUUUGUAAAUAUUGAGAAAGUUAAAAAAAAAAAAUAAAGAUUUCUUUUGCAGUUUCCA